CCGAGCGGACCAGAGGGAGGUAGCUCGGACCGCGGGAGGCCUGAGAGCAUGGCCACGGCGUCGCCUAGGCAGCGACUGCGCGAGGAGGCGCGGUGCCCCGUGUGCCUGGACUUCUUGCAGGACCCGGUGAGCGUGGACUGCGGACACAGCUUCUGCAUGCGUUGCAUCUCCGAGUUCUGCGACAGGUCUGACAGAGAGCAGGGAGGCUUCUUCGCCUGCCCACAGUGCCGCAGCCCCUUCACUCGGGAGGGCUUCCGGCCCAACCGGCAGCUGGCCAGCCUGGUGGAUAGCGUGCGACGGCUGGGGCCGGACGAGGGGCCCUUGUGGGCACAGUGCGCACUGCACGGCCAGGAGCUCAGCCGCUUCUGCGAGGAGGACCAGGUCGCACUGUGCUGGGCGUGCGACUCUGGCCCCGAGCACCGAGGCCACCACACGGCACCGCUGCAGGAGGCAGUCCAGCACCACCAGGAAAAUCUCCAGACGGCCCUGGAACUUGUGAGGAAAGAGAUGGAGGAGGCCUUGAGUCUGGAGACCAACCUUGGGAAGAAAACUGUCAUUUGGAAGGAGAAAGUGGAAACUCAGAGACAGCGCUUCAGGCUUGAGUUUGAGAAGUACCGAGGCUUCCUGGGCCAGGAAGAGCAGUUGCAGCUGCGGCAGCUGGAGCAGGAGGAGCGUGCCACCCUGCAGAGACUCCGCAACUGCCAGAGACACCUGGUGCAGCACCGCCAGGUGCUGUCAGAGCUGGCGCAGGAACUGAACGACUGCUGCAGGCGCCCGGCCCUGGACCUGAUGGAGGGUGUGAGAGGAGUCUUGAGCAGGUAUGUGUACUUUCUGGAGCAGAGGAUGGGUUGGAAGAGGCUGAAGAGGUUGGAGGAUGUUGAGAACUAUGGGUCGUGUGCUCUUCCCAGAAGUAAGAGUGUUACACAGCUGGAGCUGGAGACUAUCCCCUUGGAGCUGAAGACAAUGUGCCACAUCCCUGGGAUGAGAGAAAUGUUGAGAAAGUUCCAAGUCGAUGUGAAGCUGGACCCUGCCACAGCACACCCUAGCCUUCUUUUGACCGCUGACCUACACAGUGUGCAAGAUGCAGAACUGUGGAGGGAUGUCCCCAACAACCCUGAGCGAUUUGAUACAUGGCCCUGUGUCCUGGGUUUGCAGAACUUCUCAUCAGGAAGGCAUUACUGGGAAGUCCUAGUGGGAGAAAAAGCAGAGUGGGGUUUAGGAGUCUGUCAAGACACAGUGCCAAGAAAGGGAGAAACCACACCGUCUCCUGAGAACGGAGUCUGGGCCAUGUGGCUGCUGAAAGGUGAUGAGUACAUGGUCCUUGCCUCCCCAUCGGUGCCUCUCAUCCACCUAGAACGGCCUUGUUGCAUUGGGAUUUUCUUGGACUAUGAAGCAGGUGAAAUCUCCUUUUAUAACAUCACAAAUGGAUCUUACAUCUACACAUUUAGUCAACUGUUCACUGGUGUUCUCCGACCUUACUUUUUCAUCUGUGACAUGACUCCCCUUGUCUUGCCACAUAUGACAGAAGUAGAGUCAGGAACUUCUGCAUCCAGCAGUCAUCCUGACCCUGCUUCUAAUGCUGCAGAUAACCAUUCCUAAAAUUCUGCACUGAGAAUAGCAGCUUGCUGGAGUGGAGUGGAGUGGAGGAUAUAAAAAUGUCCCCAUUUAGGGCAGCACUUUAGUCAUUGUUGCUAUGGAACUUUUCCCACAGGGACAAAAGAAAAAUAUGAAAUAUUUGCACUUGUGAAGGAGCACUGUGAAAUAUAGUAAUAUUAGAAAUGGAAUAUUCUCAACAGUCUUUAUCCAGAUGCCUCCACAUGCUUUCUUAUUGUCUUCAAAUGAAUGGAUCUUAUAUUAAACACAUCAACACAUUCAUUAUAAUUUCUCAUUCCUUUCGAUAUCCUUUCAUUUCAAGUCUUCCACAUAUUAACAAUUAGAAAUGGCAGUUUUAAAAUAGAUUGAGAACUGUCCAAUAUUAUUCUAGCAUCACACUCAUGAUUAUGUUUCUCCUCAAUCCUUAUUUUUCUUCUCUCAUUCCCUCUCUCUCUUCUUUUUCUUUGCUUUGUGUCUAUUUGUCUCCCUCUCUUCCUCUGUUUCUUGCUUCUUACUUUUUUUGUGUGAUGCUUGUUUUGUUUUACCUUCCAUUUCAUUCUAGAUUAAUUUAUUGAGAACCAUUCCUUUAUAGAUUUAUAAUUGCUAUGACUGUUCGAUUAUUUUUAAGUUCUCCAUUCUGGGAAUAAUUUUUGAGGGUUUUGAAACCCAUUCCUCUGAAUCUAACAUCAUUAAACCCACAUCAUACCCCUCUGGGAAUACAGUUUUUUUCCUUUAUCUUUGCAUACAUGUUUUAGGGUAGGAAUUUCUUAGAACUAUGAUUCAAGUAGUUUGACCUAGCUCUUUAUUGGUUGUCAGAGCUCAAACAUAUAACUUCCUCACUAUCAGCUAUACCUGGAACAAUGAUAUUGACCUCACAAUAUUAUGGUAAAUUUUUAAGGUCAUGAUUGAUGUGAUUGGUUAAAAUUCAACUUUGCUACCUAAUUUGAAUGUAAAGAUGAUGCUGAUGAAGAAACAAUAAUAUUUAACUUAUUUUAAAGUAUAUUCUGUAUGUUCCCAAUGAAAUUCUUGUCAUUGAAAGCUAACUUUGCCACUCUAUUUUUGUGUAUCUGUAUCUAAUAAAUAGUUGCUAACCAAGUGCUAAAAUACUUAAAUGCUAAAUGUUUAAAUGCUAAACAAUGAUUAACUAAUGUAAAUUUGUUUAACAUUAUGCUAAUAAUUUUGCCAAAACUUUAAUCCUCCUCUAACUCCACCUGGAAUUUUUAGUGUUUAUCUCUUCCAGGAGAUUUUUAAAAAAUAUAUUUUAUUUAUUUAUUUAUUUAUUUUUUAGAGAGAGGGGAAGGGAAGGAGAAAGUGGGAGUGAAACAUCAAUUUGUGGUUGCCUCUCAUCUGUUCCCUACUGGGGACCUGGCCUGCAACCCAAGCAUGUGCCCUGACUGGGAUCGAACCAGUAACCCUUUGCUUCACAGGCCCCUGCUCAAUCCACUGAGCUACGCCAGCCAGGGCCAGGAUCUUUUUUUUAAAUAAAAUCUUUUCGCUUACUUCCCAGUAACACUAUUAAUAAUUUUUUUCUAGGUUUUAAAACAUUGUUUUCUAGGUGUUUUACACUUGGAGAAGCAUUAUGGAGACUAAUAACUUUAGAAGUGGAGCAAGCUCAUCAAACUCCAUUUCCAGAUGGAUUUCUUUUAAUUAUUGAUGAAUACUGGAUUAAACUAAGAUUUCUACAUUCAUGUUUAAUACACUUAUAUUUGUAUUUGAUCUUAAGCAGACAUUUCCAUUCUCCAUCUCUCAUUUGCAAAGGUAGAUGAUAGAACUUACAUCUCUCUUGCUAUUUUACAGACCAUGCAUGCCCCAAGUCCUGCCCAUGCGUGAUCUGGUUAGGAAAGAGACACAUGAUCUGGGUUCUCCAUCAUCAGGGGUUAGCAGCUGAGUGCCUGUGUCAUCGCAAGGCCAUGAGUGACAAGAAUCAUGAUGUAGAACAUAUACUCAGAACAGUACAACACCUUCUUCAUGGAAACUGGGCAGCACAGAUCCCACUUUCCUGAGGGCUCCAUUCACCAGGAUGAGGAAGCCUAAUGUGUGGGGAGGAAUCCAACAGCACAGACCUCCUACCCACUUUAAGGGAUGAACAGGGAUCCCAGAAAUGCCACCUCAACCUUGAAAGCUAAUAUCCUUGUCUCCACCAUCUCCCUUGAAUCCUUGCAUCUAAAUGUGCAUUUUAUCAUAAUAUAUUUGAGUCAUUAAAUUAAGUCUUUCUUUUUCCUUUGGAUUCGAAGAGCCACAAAGUUUUGUGCAUCUCCUAAUAUGACCGUUCUCCUUCUCAUCCCAAUCCUAAAAGGCCUCUAAUGUUUUCUCUGGAAUUCUGGUUCACUACCAGUAAAAUCCUCUAAAUCCGUAUUGAUUUCUUGACCAUCCUUUUACUUUCUUCUUCAUUGUUUUUCCUGAAUACCAGACGUGUAAUUCAACUAUUCGCUUGUAUCAAAUGCAUGUUUAAGUCAAUAUACCUAAAACUUGGCCCUAAACUGCCCCCCAAGUCUUCCUCUAAUGAACACACACACACACACACACACACACACACACACACACACACACAGCCUUCUCCAUCUAAAUGGAUGACAACUAUUUUUUCAAUUGGUCAAGUCAAAAAUCUAGCUGAUUUCACUGUCCCACAUUCAGUCCAUAAGCAAAUGCUGAUGGCUCUCCCUUUACAACACCACCAGAGCCCUGGAAGCUCUCUCUACCUCUGCCUGCUGUACCUUUGGCCUGAACUCCCCUCCUUUCUCUUGGAGUUAAUGCAUGAGUUUUCUAACAGUGUAAUCUUAGGUGUACCCUGGUCUCUUUCGCAUCUUUUCUCAGUGCAGCAGCUGGGCUCAUCCUUUUAGUGCCCAAGAUGGUAGUGUCACCACAAUGACCCCUCAUUCAACUCAAAGAGAAAGCCAAAAUCUUACAGCGAGCCCUCAGGUGUGAAUGCAGUUCCUUCUCCGAUACUGUCUCCCCCCUCUUCUCCUUUUCAUCCCACUGAAUCCAACCCUGAGUCCCUGCUGGUCACUUCCCAUUAUCAGGCCUUUCUCCCAGUUGUGCCCUCUACCUGCAGUGCCCUUUCCUCAGAUGUCUCCUCUGCUCAUUCCCUGAAUCCUUCAAGCCUGCUCAAACCCAUCUUCUAAGUGAGAACUGUACAGCCAUUCCCCAGGCCUACUCUCCCAGUACUAUUUGCUAGUCCCAAUGGAGGCUCUAUUUUCCAAUAUAUUGUUUGCCAAUUUGUAAUGUGUUCCAUUUCUGUCUUAUUCAUUAGUUCAUUUCAUUUGGUUGGUUUUGCCUUUUUUUUGAUAGAGUGUAAGAACUGUGGGGAGGGGUCUUUGCCUGUUGAUAGGAGCAUUGUGGGCAUUGCCCAAGCACCUCAGAUACUGGUUUGUCAGUCAUAUUACUCACUGCAUACUUGCUAUAUAAAUAAAUGAUUGUAUUGCUAGGGUUUCAGAAUUAAA